GUGUCGGACUUCGGACUGAUAAACAAACAUCUAAUUGACUACAAUACUAUCUUUGCUAGUGUUUAGCUCUUAUAUUAUUUUUCAGUAAAUUAGUGAAUUUGUAAUUUAUGAUAUAGGCCUAAGCAAGUUUUUAUAUACUAAAAUGGGCCUACACGAUGCGGCAAAUAUUUUAUUGACUGCUCCUUUGGAAGUACUAAAAAUCACGACCCAAACAGUUGGUGGAGUUGUAUCCCAAGUGGCAACUGCUGUAACACCCAAAGCUCCACCCCCAACCAAGAUUGUGAUGGAGCCAUUACCCCUGUGGCAGCUAGCCAGUUCCGGAGGCUACUAUGUCAGACUUGCCGGAGUACUUGGAGCAUCUGCUGUGGCUCUGGGGGCCUACGGAGCUCAUUCAACAUUUCCAAAAGAUGACAAGAUUGAGCUGAAGGAAGUGUUUGAAAGAGCCAAUAAGUACCACUUCAUACAUUCAUUGGCAAUGCUGGGAGUACCCUUUUGUCGGUGGCCGAAAACGAGCGGAACCUUUUUCAUGCUCGGCAUUGCCAUGUUCUCUGGAACGUGCUACUACCUGGCGUUGACGGGAGACCGAAGUUUCAACAAGAUUACUCCGGUCGGGGGCAUCUGCUUUAUUCUCGGAUGGCUGUCACUCGCACUCUAGGCUGAUGUUUAUUCACUUCAGCUCUCUCCAAUUAAUGACUUCAACUUCCUUUUGUAUCUUGCAUAGAGUGAUAUUAGGGAACAAUGAAAUAUACGAUGGAUCUUCUUAAAAGUUCUUGCUUCUGGGUUAUUUCAAAGAAUUUAAUCAUAAUAUUUUUGUAUUUUAUCUUGGUAUUUUAGUUUAUCAAGCCCAGUAGCAUUUUAAUGUUUUUUGUUAGUUAAUGGUUCAAACCUUGGUCUUGUCCCAAUGAGAAAUGGUACAUCUGGCAGCCUAUUAACAAUCUCGCUUGUAUUCAAACUGGCAACCUUUAGAAUUGAAGCCAAGCUCCAUAGAAACUCAGCUACCCAGACACUUAAUUUUUACAUAAAAUCUUAUUAAAAAAAGUUAUAUUUCAAGCGAGAUUGUUUCUGGACUCAUAUCAAUCAUUUUCAUAUCUCCUUGAAUUUAUUUUACCCCCAAUCACAAGUUAUUGCAAACCUCGAUGAGGAGUCAAACUUGAUAACAAGUCUUAUUCAAUAAGUUAUCAAGGUUCUACUGCUGUCUAAAUGUGGACGAUAGAUAGUAGCAAGAGUAAGGUUUGGACACUUAACUUUCAAAAACCAUAAAGAAUGCCUAAGGCGUAUACACAAAAAAUAAAAUGUCAUCUGCAACCCAUUUGGGUAAUUCUAAAAAAGAAUAAAGAAUUAAAUUUAAAUUUACAUUCAAGCCGUUUGAAUACUUUUUUAUUCCUGUUACUAGUUAUAAUGAGUAAGAUGAAGUCUUGGAUGAAAAGAAAAACGUGUAAAGAGCUGGAAUUUUUGUAGGUACAAAACUUAUACUUUAAGUGAAAUGAAUGUGGAUUUUUGUUUUGAACCAUAAGAAAUAGUUUUUAGGCUUUAGGUUAUUUUCACCCUUUAACCGCAUGCUUUAUUAGUUUACUUUGAGGAAUUGCAAAUCUUUUGAAGCUCAAUUAUUUUUUUGAUGUAUGUGAUGAAAAGGUUUUUUUUACCUUUAAUUGUUUAUAUUUUAGUGAUGCAACUCAGUGUUACCUUUUUUGCACUCCCUGUAAGAUUUGUUUUUAUCAGUAUCAAAAGUUAUUGAGGUUUGUUAAAGGUUAAACCUCUUAGUUGUAGAUGUUGAGGAUAACAGUUCAGAAUUAUGAUUAUUGUGAUGUGUAAAUAAAUAGAUGUUAUUAUUUGUC